UUUUUGUGAUGUCACCAUGUGGACUUUAAGGUUAAUGAUUACCAAAAAAGGAUCAGCGGAAGUUUUCUUGAGUGUUCGAGUUUUCAUGACACAGAACACCGUUGUGCUUAGGUGAAAAUACUCAGCGAAGUGAGACCUUCAUAUUUGAAAAGAUCGCCAUAAUGUCUGAAGAGAGCAACAAGCUGCCAAUGGACCCCAUCUCUGCAGUUGGAGUACUUAGUUCUCUCAACAAAGUCCCUGAUGGCUACUAUGUUGUUGCAAAAACAACAGAUGGCUCCGACGCCGACCUGUGGAAGGACGGCUUAUUCAAAUCCAAGGUCACUCGCUACCUUUGCUUCUCCAGGAAAACUGAGCCUGAGGUCGUUGUGGAUAUGAAGCUGAUCGACUUCAAGGACCCGCUGCCAGAGUCCUUCACACCGGUGCAAGAAACAUUAGACAAAAAGGAAGCUGCCAUGAGGAAGAGGAGGCUGUGUGUGAAAAUGAGCGCUUGUGAGGCUGCCGAGACAGCUGUAUGUGACAUCCAGCUCACCGCCAAAUCCAAGUACCAGCUUGUUAACUACACCUGUGUGGGAGACAUAAACAAUAUGGGACUAUGGUAUCGCAUGGGGGACGUUCCUCAGCGUACGUCAUCUCAGAAAACGAAGAGUGCUCCUAAAAUUGACACCCCACACAGCACUACAAGCAGGAUUGCCACCAGCAGACAACAUGAGCAGCAGAAUGCUGGCAUUUACACUAUGACAGCUCUCGAAGAUGUGCCCUUUGUGGUGUCAGAGAAGUUUCAUAAAAAACCUCAGGAGAUGCAGCAAGUCAAUUUAAUGGGCAUUACGAUCAAAUCCCUGGCAGAGAUCGAGGAGGAAUUUCACUACAACUUCGGCACAGAGCGGAGUAUUGUGUCUUAACUUCCAAUCAAGCCACAGAAGCCACUGUAACCAGAAAGGACAAAGAAAAGAAAGGAAACAAAAAU